CCUCGCAGCUGCAGCAGCAGGGAAGGGAGGCCGCGUGCGGAGCGCCAUGCCCAAGUCCAAGCGGGACAAGAAGGUUUCCUUGACGAAGACCACCAAGAAAGGCUUAGAAGUGAAACAGAACUUGAUAGAAGAGCUGCGGAAAUGCGUGGACACCUACAAAUACCUCUUUAUUUUCUCCAUUGCCAACGUCAGAAACAACAAACUGAAGGCUAUUCGCAACGCCUGGAAGCAUAGCAGAAUUUUCUUUGGCAAGAACAAAGUGAUGAUGGUAGCCCUGGGACGGAGCCCAACAGAUGAGUACAAAGAAAACUUGCACCAGGUCAGCAAGCAUCUGCGGGGAGAGGUUGGUCUGCUCUUCACCAAUCGCACUAAAGCUGAAGUCCUUGACUGGUUUGCGCAGUUUAAAGAACUGGACUUUGCCAGGGCAGGGAACACGGCAACUUCGACCGUUGGCCUGGAUAUGGGGCCACUGGAGCACUUUCCACACUCCAUGGAGCCUCAGUUACGGCAACUCGGUUUGCCCACCGCCCUGAAAAAAGGGGUGGUGACACUGAUCUCUGACUAUGAAGUCUGUAAAGAAGGAGAUGUCCUGACUCCUGAACAAGCUCGCGUCCUGAAACUCUUUGGCUACAAAAUGGCAGAGUUCGAGGUGACAAUCAGGAGUGUGUGGCAUGCCGAGACAGGAGACUUCGAACAGCUCACAGGAGACGCUGCAGAAGGGAUGGAAGAGGAGAACACGGGAGAUGCCGUCUCGGGGGAAGAGAGCAGCGGGGAGGCGGAAGACUGACCAACGCAGAAGGGACCUCUGGGAGUUCUUUUUCCGUUGGGACCUGGGACUGCGCCAAUCAGCUGUAGACUUUAUUUAAUGGAAGACAGACGCUUUUUUAUAAAUGUGUAAAAUAA